AACUCGCAGUCCAUCGCGCCGAGCACAAGAGGAGCAGCACAACUAAAUGUGACUUAUCUGAGCAUCAUCUCAUCCUCGCAUCCGGGAGACUAAGACGAGACGAGCUCUUAAACAGAAAAGCACGCGAGCAGAACCUCCCGGAGUUGCACGACAUCAUAAUAUCUCAACAACAUCCAUCUCGACGUGUCGACUGUUCGCCUGCCUCUUAUGUUUCCAACCCACUGAGACCAGAGGGAUUUAUUCCUUCUUUUUCGUCUUUGCUUUUUUUGUUGACCAUUAAUGAGAGCAGCCAAAAAAAAACAAUAAAUACGGGUCAUCAUGAUUUUGUUAACGUUGCAUAAUAGGAAAGGGUUGAAUUGCUUGUGCGCGCAGGUCUUGCUGUGGAUUUUAUGUGCUGUGGACGGUGAAGAACAACAGUUCAGUGUGGAGGGUUGGCUGCAGAGGUAUGGGUACCUCCCCCCUACAGACCCCAGAAUGUCCGUCCUGCGGUCGGAUCAGACCAUGCAGUCUGCUAUCGCUGCUAUGCAGCGUCUCUACGGCCUUAAUGUCACUGGUGCACUAAAUAGGAACACUGUUGAUGAAAACACCAUAAGCUGGAUGAAAAAGCCGAGGUGUGGGGUGCCUGACCAGUUCGGUGGUCCCUCAAAAUUUAGCGUCCGAAAAAGACGUUACGCCCUCACAGGGCAAAAGUGGCAACAUAAACAUAUCACAUACAGCAUAAAAAACACUACGCCUAAAGUGGGUGCUGAAGAGACCCACAACGCCAUCCGCCGGGCGUUCGAUGUGUGGCAGAGUGUCACGCCGCUGCGGUUCGAGGCCGUUCCCUACAGUGACCUGGAGCGCAACAAGAAAGACGUGGAUAUUACUAUCAUUUUCGCCUCAGGUUUCCAUGGCGACAGCUCACCCUUCGAUGGAGAAGGGGGUUUUCUUGCACAUGCGUACUUCCCCGGCCCGGGGAUCGGAGGAGACACACAUUUUGAUUCGGAUGAGCCGUGGACGUUGGGGAAUCCUAACCAUGACGGGAACGAUCUCUUCCUGGUGGCGGUGCACGAGCUGGGCCACGCGUUAGGCUUGGAGCACUCCAAUGACCCCACUGCGAUCAUGGCCCCCUUCUAUCAGUACAUGGACACAGAGAACUUCAGACUGCCACAUGAUGAUCUGCAGGGCAUCCAGAAGAUCUAUGGACCUCCAGAUAAACUUUUUCAUCCCACGAGACCUCUACCCACGGUCCCGCCCGCCCGCUCGCACCCUCCCGUCGAUCCACGCAAACACGACAGACAGACUCGGCCCCCUCGAAUACCGACCGGCGACAAACCGAUGAACCCGAACGCUAAACCAAACAUCUGCGACGGUGACUUCAACACACUAGCCAUCUUGAGAAGAGAGAUGUUUGUGUUUAAGGACCAUUGGUUUUGGAGGGUCAGGGAUAACACCGUGAUGCCAGGCUACCCCAUGCUCAUCAAUGUCUUCUGGAGGGGUUUACCACCCAGGAUUGAUGCUGUGUAUGAGAACAGCGAUGGCAAAUUUGUCUUCUUCAAAGGGAGGCAGUUCUGGGUGUUCAAGGACACAAUGCUACAGCCUGGAUACCCCCAGGACAUCUCAAUGUUUGGAAACGGCAUGCCAGAGCAGAGCAUAGAGACAGCCGUCUGGUGGGAAGAUGUGGCAAAGACUUACUUCUUUAAAGGAGACAGGUAUUGGAGAUACAAUGAAGAAAAGAGAACAAUGGAUCCUGGUUAUCCCAAAUCCAUCACAGUCUGGAAGGGUGUACCGGAUUCUCCUCAGGGAGCGUUUGUGGAUAAAGCCAAUGGUUUCACAUACUUCUACAAGGGUAAAGAAUACUGGAAGUUCAACAAUCACAGGCUGCGGGUGGAACCCGGCUACCCUCGCUCCAUCCUGAAGGACUUCAUGGGCUGCGACCUCACGCCCAUCGAUCCUGACCGCCAACCCAAGGAGGACGUGGACAUUGUCAUCAAACUGGACAACGAAGGCAGCACGGUCAAAGCCAUCGCCAUCGUCAUUCCCUGCGUCCUGGCGGUUUGCCUGGUGGUGUUAAUCUAUACCGUCUUUCAGUUCAAAAGAAAGGGUACGCCCAGACACAUACUUUACUGCAAACGCUCCAUGCAGGAGUGGGUGUGAGUUGCACCCUUGUAUACUCUAUAGCCACAAGACACAGUGGUGUUGGCACCCUUACCUUGCGGACUUUGGCUCUUCACCUGCGUCUCACUUAAGGAGAACAGAGAGGGCCUUUGCUUUGAUUCCCCCUCCAGGAGAUGAUGGGCGCAAUCCCCCAAAACUCCCCACUCUUCUCCCAUUGGCUGGUGCACCCGCUGUUGGACUCGAGAGACCUGCGGAUAGCGGAUCUCAAACGGUGCAUCUUCAGGUGUUUGACGUGGAAACGAUUGCUGUACCUUUUAGGUUUUUCGACUGCAAGCUUGAAACAGGACAUAAACAGAAAACGUAUCCAUUGUUGCAGGAGUCCGUAUUUUUUAUCUUUUUCGGUUUCAGUCUAUAAUUUAUUUUCAAAACAGAAAUAUUUACGAGUCCCUUUAAAGCACUCCCGAACCAAAUAAAGACACUCUCCAAAGAGGAUCUUUUUCUUUUAAUGUACGUUGUUGCUUUUUUAUUGCUUUCUUUUCUAUACGUAUCGUUUUUUUCCUGCUCGGAAUAUUUCACAGUGAUGUGUAAUUGGAUUCUUGACUGUUCCUGGCAGUCUGUGUGAAAAACAGGGGCCAAAAUAUUCUGCAAUAUUUUUAACAGCCUUAAUUAUGGAUCAUGUUGUUUGCUUUCGGUUUUUAUUUGAUUCAUCUGUUGUCAUUUUCAAGUACCGCUUUGUUCAUCUCUCGGAGAGGCGGUGCAAUAGCUUUGCUCCUGUUGUCUGAUUCGAGAUCAAAGGUCUUGUCGGCGGCCACGCUGCAGGGUCGCAAGGACGGGACUCUUUUCGCCUCUGAGAAACACGAAGCAUAUCAGUCAAAACAGAGGAAAGACCAAGCCACUGCAAUGACUAAAGUUGUUUUGCGAUCGCAGAUGAAGCGCUUGAAUCAUGCUUAACUCUUACUUGUUUGGUCGUGUUUACAGACUCUUUCGAGAAUCGAGAUUUCGUUUCUUCCUCCUCCGAAAGGUUGCUCCGAACGUCAGAGCAUGUCACCUCCUUCGGACCGCCUUGUUUAUUGGUCUGGAUCGAAUCCUAUAACCUUGACGACUGCGCCACAGGAACCAGAACCACCAGAGUAACUCAGGACAGAGCUUGAUUCAAAAUGUAUGCAAGCCUUCCUCAUCCAAUUCUGUGUUUUUAUCAAUCGAGAAGAAAAUCAAUCCGCGUCAUAUCUCACCCAUGCUCACCAUCGGAAGUUAACCCGAUAGGAUGGGACGGUAUGUUUAGCUUACACCUCGCAGCCCAGAUCAAUCCUCUCCAUCGGAUGUUUGAACGUGCAUAUUUGCUUGCAUUAACAUUUUUACGUGUGUUUUCUUUUUGGUACAACCGAACGAAAUGGAAUUGUCUCGACCUCACGAUUAAAGUGGUACUUUAAAGUGCUGAGCUGUUACCCGGCAAGUUUUCUUUAUAUCUGACAAAUGCAGAUACGAAGAUGCUAAUGCAAUGCGCUCUCAAGGAAACAAGAGAUGAGUGCUUUUGCCAAGCAGUGUUUUGAAUGUGUGUCUGUUCUGAUGCUAGAUUUAUUUCUGCUUUUUCCACUGUUAAAAAAAGAAAAUCAGAUACAUGUACUUCAUGACUCAGUUUGGGACAAACGGUCCUGACAGACUUAAUAAAUUAAUCAGUAUAUGAUUAAAAUGACCUUUACGCGCAUUGUUUACUGUAUAGUUAUAAACCUGAAAAGAAGAACCUUGCAAAAUAUACCACGGUAUUACCAUGGUGUUUUUUUUUGUUAGGCUCUUUUUACUUUCUCUCUAUUUCUCACAUCAAGUGCUUGUGUCCGAUUAUUGAGUGUCUCAGCAGUCAAACAAAUGUAAUCACAAACAAACUGUCAUCACGUUAAAUAAUGCAGAGAAUAGUGAAGUAUCAAACUUGGAUAGGUCUUAAAAUUAUGGGUUUAAGCUGCUGCGUAUCCUGGGGUUAUAUGUACUGUAGGUAGUAUCGAUGGUUAGAGGCUUUGCCAACUGAAAAGGUCAACAUCACAAACCUGGCAGUGUGGAUUCCGAUUGGCUCUCGAAACCUUGGCAAGGUGGAUGAUGUCAGGUCGGGCAUCCAACGGCCAUCUGUGUUGCAAUUUAAAAUCUAGCUCAACAUUUAGGGUAAGCAUGACAUCUAAAGGAAACUGUAGAUGUGAUGAAUUACUGUGUCUGUGGAUGACAUAUGUUAAAGGGGAUAGUUAAACCAAAAAUAGAAAUUCUGUCACCUCAUGUUGGGGUCCAAUGUUGUUUGUUGACCACUUUUCUUUAAAAUAGUUUUUUUUUCUGUGGAAGAAGGAAAGUCACACAGGUCUGAAAUGACAUGGGUGAUGCAACACAAAUCACUAACUUUGUGUGCAAGUGCAGAAAAUCCCAAACAGUGAAGCAAGUAGUUUGGUGUGUUUGUUAUAAGGAAAGCGAGUCUGGUCUCUCUCGACAGAAUUUGUGGUGCUAGCAGGACCUACACUGGUGAGCGUCAUUCUGUAAUCUCAUGGUGCUGUUAUUAUAGAUGUUAUGGAUUUAAACUUGACUGAUAUCGGUCCGUACAGGAAUCAUGCAUUGGUGCCUGUGUUGUCAUAGUGGAAGAUUUCAUCUUUUGCAUUUUUAUUUUCAAUGAGUUCAGAAGGCGUCGUGUUGGUGCUAGACCUUGAAUCAUGUUUACAGUUUUAAAUUUAAAUUUUGCAAAUGGACUGAGGACGCAUUUGUCCUUUCUUAUUUCCCUUACUAACAUCCACAAACUCGUUGCAUCUGCUAAUAUGAAUCAUCCUCAUUUUCCGUCAUACUUCCAUUUUUGUUUAUCUUCUCAUCUGCAUUUUAAAUGACAUGUCUGAUUCCAAACGGAGGAAGCAAGUGAAGUAUUUGUACCCGUAUUCAUUCUGCCUGUACACGUGUAUUUGUGAUGUAUCUGUUGACAAUCCAUUUCAUUGAUCAAUAAACUCAUUUGAACAUA